UGAAUAUAAGAACAGGUACCAAACUUUAAAUUAUCAUUUAAUACUGAGUUUCAAUUUGUGUAUAUAGUCGCGGCGUUGAUCGAGUUAUCCAAGUAUAAAAUAUCGAUUGUUGCAAAUACAUUAGGCUAUGUUUUAGAAAGUGUUUCUAAAACACACCAAAUUUUUGAACAAAAUGUACCAAUAGAAAUUAUGCAAUCAAAAUUAUUUGUCCUUCGUCUAUUAUCUGCCUGUAUGCAACAUCAUUGGCAAUAUUGUCGUGAUUUGGAAAAAAAUAAAGAAUCACCAACAACUGAAAUAAAUGUGACAUUACCACCGCUUGAUGGGACCUUGGUUACCUAUCUUUUGGUUCUAAUGAGUCGAUAUGUCACUCAAUAUCAUUUGAUCGAAGAAGCAAUAAGUUUAGACCAAAAUACAAAUACAACCCCAUUUAUGGACUAUAGUGAAUGCGAAAGUGGAUAUACAUAUGAACAGAUUAAGCUUAGUUUAAUUACUGACAUUUACAAAGCGGCUUCAAAGAUCUUGUAUUAUAUUAGUGCCAGUAAUUGGGAUGCUUAUUAUGCAAAAAUUAAAAAUGCUGUAUGGUGUUUGGAUACAAUGAAUGGAACUGCCGCUGAUAAAAUUCCACCUGAAAUUAGAAUGCUUGAAAGUAGCUGUCUAACAAGAGAAAAGCUAUGUACAAUUUUUUCGAAAUUAAAUCCGUACUAUCUUCAUAUGCGACUUGAAGGGAAAUUAAUAUUCUCCAAAAUGAUACGUAAGGCAAUUUGGAAAUGGAUCGAAGCUUAUCCAAGUCAAUUUGCUGAAGUCUGUGCUAGUGAUGCACAUCUUCUUCCAGGAUCAGAGGUUUUAUUUGAUAUGUGUAGUGCAACAGCAGAUAAUUCAAGAAAAAAAUCAAUAUUGUGGCCACUUCAAACAAUCUUGUUAAUUUUAUCUCCUCAACUCUUGACACAAGCCUUUUUAGAUACAGCUCCUAUUCAUAAUCGCAGAGGCAACUUUAUUGGUUUAUUGAAGAAAUCAUUACUACAGACAACAAGAGAUGUCGAUAUCGCUGCUGUAUGCUAUGUUGAUUUAUGUAAGGCGGCAACGUAUGUUCCUCCUAACAAUGAAUCUGUAUUACGUUCUAUUGCUGCAGAUGCAGAAGCAGAUCUCAAAGAAAAAGUCUGGAAUUUUAAUAAAUCAUUAAGCUCAGAAUCGAUAGGUUAUGUCAUUAAUCAAAGAGCAUUAACAACGGAUUUUUUAUUUUCUUGGAUUCGGCUUUAUCCUGAGGACACAUUAGAGAAUAUUAUUCCCUCUUGUAUCAACGAAAAUGUGCCGAUUUUAUUUAAAUUAGCGUUUAUCAAAACAUGUCUCGACAUAGUAGACGAACAAAAUUAUUUACCUUGGAAUCCAUCCAUUUCUUCCAUGUAUAACGGCUUGUGCACACCACUUCGGACACUCUUUUUGCAAACAGUCUAUAUGGACCUCAAUAGUAAUCCCAGUCAUAAAAAGAAAGAAACGCAUAGUAAACAUAAUAAUCGAGUCGAAUUACUGUUGGAAAUGUUGAGAUUAUUCAGAAUUGAUACACGGUUAGCCACUUUUGGUCAUGAUACGAGCCGAGUCAAGGAAAAUAGUGACUUUAUGGUGGGAUUAUCCAUGUUAUUUCAACACCCUGUGCAACGUGUUCGACAAGGUGGAUUAGAAUUACUUGUAAGGUUGCAUCAACCAGAAAAAAUUAUGGAAUGGGGCCCAGCAGAGACAGUUCUGUCCAACUUUUGGAGUGUUUCUUCUCCUGCUAUUCUUCAACUGGCUAGACAAAUUUUGGAUUACAAAUCAAAUGAUGAAAAUCUAAAGACUCUUCUACAACUCUUGGUUAAGCUCUUUAAAGAAAGAAAUACGUUUCUAAAAACUAAACAGCAAUUAAUAAUUCCUGAAUUUACUAAUACAAGAGAAAGGUUACAAGCAUCUGUUGCACUCGAAAUUGCUCUUCUUGUUUCUUUAUGCUCAUCUAAUAAAGAUAUAUGCGAUGAAUCUCUCAAAUGUUUUCAUGUUAUUUGCAAAGAAUCUAGAAUGGUAGAUGUAGGAGGAGAAUUAAAUUCAUUGACAAUAUUAUGUAACCUAGAAGUAUACGAAGACUUAUCAAGGGAUAAUUCGAAAUACAUUGGACGUAAGGCCCAACAGAAACGUAUUAGGAAAUAUUUACGUAUGUUGCCUCAUCAUACACCAGCACAUAUGGCAGCAUGGGAGGAAGCUUGGAAGCGCUGGAUGCAAUUAACAAUCUUGAUAAAAAGGUAUUCUGAUGACAUAGCUGAAGAUGGUUCCAGUGACUUGAGAACUUCAUCUAUUAAUAAUCCAAUCGAUUUAUCCUCAGCACUUAAUGUGAUUGGAAGCAAUAAUAAUAUGAAUAAUAAUAAUAAUAAUAAUAAUAAUAACAAUAACAGUAACAGUAACAGUAAUAAUAAUAAUAAUAAUAAUAAUAACAGCAAUAAUAAUAAUAAUAAUAAUAAUGGAUUGAACAGUGUUACCAGCAAUAGUGUUUAUAGUGGGAACAAAAAGUUACCUCGUAGUAAUGAAAAGCCUAAAUCAACUAGUAAUUUAACAAUAUCCUCCGCACAAAAUGUACCAGCAAAACAAAAUUUAGACAGAUAUGAAGAUAAAUUAGUUGAAUGGCAAAACUUGACAGGAUUUUUGGCUGCCCUUGGUGGUUGCUGUUUAUUAGAUGAUCACUUUGAAUGGAUGAUGGAACAGCAUAGAUUAUCGAAUGAACCUAUGAUAAUGGCUGAUCGAUUUAUCGGUGAAAUGACGGAAUUACUAGUAUCAGAUAAUAUGUAUAUAUCUGAGGGCAUUAAAGACACGUUAGGUAAUGAUCUAUCUCCCACCCUCUAUGUAAUUUUAUUCCAGCAUUGUGAAGCUUAUAUCAAAAAGUGUUUUGACUCUAAUGGUGGUGCUAUUCGUAGUCGCAAAAAUAAGCUCUUUGUUGAACAAUCUGUCUUGGUGUUACGAUUGAUCUUAGACCGGUUAGUCAAUACCAGUGAUUGCUUACUAAAUGUGGACUUUAGUAACUUGAUGAGCCAAUUUGCAGAUUAUUUAAAUGGCCUUCCUAAUACGUACAUCACAUUACGUGUUAAAGUUAAAAUGUGUCUCUUAAUUGAAGCUGUUAUGCAAAAAAGAGAGCAACUUAUUAUUAGAAAUGAGAUUAGAGUUCGAAAUAAAUUAUUGGAGAUAUGUGUUGAAUGGACAAGUGAAUAUGCAUCCCUGCGCAAGCCAGUAGAUACAAGUCAACAAGCUGAAAUACUUCAGAAAGAUUUGGAUCAAGCAUGCUUAAAAGCUAUUGUCAGUCUUUUGCAUCAACUUCCACUUCAAUCAUCAGAAGCAGAGAGGCCUGUAAAUGGCUCACAAAUGAAAAAUAAAUUGUUUCUAAAAUAUUUCGAGUAUUUCAUAAAAUUACUCGACAAAUACAGACAAACAGAAGCUAGUUUGAACAGAUUAACGAUCAGUAAUAAUUCAACUUCUACAAGGGACUCUUCAUUAAAGUCAUCUGGUAGUGACACAUAUCAAGAUAUAGGUCAGAUGAAAGAGCUUACAAUUCUGGCCAUGUCUCAUCUACUCAGUGCUAAUGUUGAUGCAGGUCUUAAAUAUUCAUUAUCCAUGGGUUAUGAUGAUGAUCCAGUGACUCGAACGGCUUUUAUGCGUGUUUUAUCAAAUAUUUUAGAUCAAGGUACAGAAUUUGAAACUUUAGCUGAAAGUGUAAUGACUGAUAGAUACGAAAAGCUGAUCGAUAUACUUGUGGAAGCAGAUAUGGAAAUCAUUCUAUCUCUAUGUGAAGUAUGCCCAUCUCAAGAUACUACAGGUAUUGCAGAAACACUGUUGAUUUGUUUUGAAUCUCGAAAUAAAGUGAUUCCAUUGCUAAAAACGGUUAUACAGAAGGAACUAUCACUUACAAGACAAGAGGCUACUUUAUUUAGGGGCACAACAAUAGCUACACGUAUUCUAUCAAUAUAUGCAAAACUAUCUUGUUUAGAUUAUGUUCGAAUAACAUUGCAGCCAGCUAUGGAAGAAAUUAAUGCUUUAUCUGAAGAGGAAUUAACUUGGGAAUUAGAUCCACAGAAAGUUAAUUCAAUGCAACAAGUCAUGAUAAAUAAAAGGAAUGUCAUAAGAGCAACAGAAAUUCUUUUGAAUACAAUUUGCUUAUCCAUUGAAAGUGCGCCCAGGUCAUUUAGAGAGGAAUUGUACUUAAUUAGUACCUUAGUCGGUGAAUGUUUUCCUGAAGCGCAAUCAACAGCUGUUGGAAGCUUUGUCUUUCUUAGACUCUUUGGUCCAGCCAUUGUUACCCCAGAAAAUGCAGGCUUUGCUAAGCAUGUAUUACCUAAAAAUAAUAACGUCCGAAAAAUACUCUUACAAGCAACAAGAGUCAUGCAGAACUUGGCUAACAAUAUUCUGUUUGGUUCCAAGGAGACACAUAUGAUUAUAUUAAAUGAUUUUUUAACAAGCAAUAUUUAUCGAGUCACUAAUUUUUUAAGAGCCAUCUCAACAUUACCUACGAAUAAGCAAGAUGAUUUUACAGGAGCCAUUCGAGUGGAUCAAGUGGGUUAUGCUAAGCUUCAUAAAUACCUUUCAGAUAAUUUAGAACGUGUAUCUCGUGAUUUAACUAGUCGUAGUAAGACAAGGGAUUCAGAUACGCUUUUAAAGUGGAAGAGAACACUUGAUCGACUAUCUAAUAUUCUAGCCCAACUUGGACGACCUUCUGAUAUAGUUUCUGAACUAUCUUAUACUCGAAAUUAUACACUUGCUAAUAGUAACCAUUACUAUAGUGAAUUUAUGCGUCGAAAUGAGCAUCGAGAUUUGUCUGUUAUUAGUUCUCAAAAUAUAUUUUACAUGGGUGGUAAAUCUAAAGGUGGCAGACCUGUGUUCUAUAUGAUUUGUCGUGCUGUUGAUGCAGACGAGACGGAUUUUGAACUUUUAAUCUACUACAUGCUACGCGUUAUGGAACCUUAUUUAGAUAAUCCAUUUGAAUUAUUAUUUGAUACUACAGAAUUUAGUUCAACUCGGGCUAUACCUAUUCAUUGGAUGACUCAAUUCUUUCAAUUAAUUUUCAGUGAAAUGAAUGAUUACCUAGUAUCACUUCAUCUUUAUAAUCCAAACACAUAUCUACAAAAAUAUAUUCAAAAGCUACCACGUACUAUUGUCAAUAAGCUAGUGAAAAGAACACACUUCUCAUCUAGUUUGAAUGACCUUUAUGAGCAUAUUGCUCCUAAUAUGAUAAGGCUACCUAAAGAGACACUCGAUCUUGAAAAAGAAGUAAGUGUAACCAUAUCUUCUGUCACUAGGAUUACCCACUUGAGAUCUUCGAUACCAGUAAUUGUUAAAAUCGGACCAGAGCAUCUACAAGUGAUUACUUUAAAAAAGCAAGAAAUUUUAUACAACUUGAAUUCUAUUUUAAGAGAUGUACAUCAUAUUUCAAACCUUGAAGAUAUUACAAUUUUACCAUCAACAAAACCAGAAGGAGGGGAUAUUUCCAUUAAAUAUGAUAAAGGAAAAUCGACAAUGAUACUUUCUUCAACAAAGAGAGAUACUAUACUUAAGUAUUUUCGUCAUAGUAAACAACGUUAUGAAACAUCAUCAAAGCCUGCAUCUAUUAAUGAGCAAUACAUUAUACGCCCAAAUGAUGUACCUGGCAGAUUACUUAAUAUGGCUUUAUUAAAUCUUGGAAGUCCAUACCCAAGUCUCCGAUUAGCAGCAUACAAUCUGCUUUAUUCACUAAGCUUAUCCUUUCGAUUUGAUGUGGGUAAUCAAUUAUUAAAUGCAAAAGAUUUAUGUAUUCCUUCGAAUAGUUCCGAUUUUAUAGUUAGUAUUAGUGAAAGUUUAGCGAAAUCCGAACGUCAUUUAACAUUGGAAUUCCUAAAUGAAGCAUUUAUUGGGUUUGAAAAGUCAAACACGUCGAUGAGACAGUUAUGCUUAGAUUACAUGGCACCAUGGCUACUUAACUUAUCCAUGUUCACACAUAAUUCACUCGAUAACUAUAAUAAGAAUGUGUCAAAAACAAGGGAUGUACUAAGGCACUUGAUUGAUUUAACUGUUAAAAGACCUGAGCUGUAUAAACAUAUUCAGGCUCGAACAUGGAAAACAAUUAUGGAGGUAAACGAUGUGAUGGAUCUCGUAGUUAAUUGCUUUGUUCAAUACUCGGUCAAGUAUGGUGCUGGUUCACCACAGGCUGAAAUCAUUUCAGAUACGUUAGUGACUAUGUCAAGCAUAUGUAGUCGAGGAAAAGUGAUUAAUCGUAUGAAACGAGUCUUAGAGAGCACCUCUAUUCAGCCUUGUAGACAAUUAACUGAACACCCAUCUUGGAAUGAAAUUGCUGUUUUACUUCGAUUUAUUUUGAUGCUAUCAUUUAGCAACACCGCGUAUAUUGUUCCAUAUAUACCUGAGGUAUUUCAUAUAGUGACUAUGUUGGUCGUUACUGGACCCACUUUUAUUCGAUCAUCUGUCCAUGAACUUGUAGUCAAUACGAUUCAUACUCUUUGUACUACAAACAAGUUAUUAGCUGACGAAAAUAUGAAAAAACUUCAAUUUGUGUUGAAUGAUGUAUGUGAUAGUAAAAAUAGAGUAUCGUUUGGUUUAACAAAGCAACAUGCAAAUGCAUUUACAAUCACGCAAGAGACAACUACGGAUAUUAUUGAAUCUGUUAACUUGAUAUCUUUACAAAGCAUCAUAAGACUUUUACUGGACACACUAAGUUACGGUGCACCUACAACUGAUAUCGCUAAUAUAUGGAGAGCAAGAUGGAUGGGACUUGUGACGAGAACGGCAUUUUGUUUUAAUCCUGUAAUCCAACCAAGAUCGUUUGUUGCACUAGGAUGUUUAGCACAAGAAGAAGUCGAUGAUGAUUUAAUCUAUCAAAUAUUAAUUGCCUUACAAAAUGCCUUGACCAUCUUUGAUCAAUUGGAUUCUAAUUUGAUUGUCAGCAUAAUGAUGUGCCUUAGCAAUAUAAUCGAUAGCCUUCCAAUGAAAUCAAUUUACUUGUUGCAUCUCUUUUGGUUAGCUAUUGCCUUAGUACAAAUAGGUCAUCCUGCUAUAUUCCAAACUGCUGUUCAAUUCCUUGAAUCCGUGCUACGUGCAUUAUAUUCAAGAAAACUAUUUGCUCAACGACCUGUUGAAGAAGUAUUGUUGAAUGCUCGAAUUGACAUUAUAGCUGAUGAACUUGAUCAAGCAUGUGGUGUUAACUUUAAAGAACACUUCUCAUUUGCUAUAGCUGUUAUAUUACUGAAAGGAUUAAAACAAUGUGAUAACAAGGACGUUGUCUUUGCCUGUCUAGCCGCCUUUCUUGAAAUUAGUUCCAAACAGCGACCUAUGGAACAACCAUGCUGGAUUGAAGCUCGAACACUAGGAUAUUUUGCAGGACUUUUACCAUUUGCAGCAAAGGACGAUAACUUGAGAGAAUUGUUACGUUUAGCUGGUGUCAAUGAUAUAGAAUUAGAUGAAGAAAUCAAUUUCAACACUUUACGUUUAUUUGAUAUAUUUGAAAUUCCAGAUAAUAGUACAGCCUUAUUAUUUGUGUCCUUGAUUGUUGCCUUGUUAAAUGCUUCUGAAAGUGAAUAUGAAAAACUGUUCUUGUAUCGUCUAUUGUCUGAUACAGCUGUUUCCGUUCCUGAAGUUUUUGCACUUGUUUAUGAAUCAUUGCUUCCAAAAAUGAAUCAAAUAGUAGUCAAUAGUCAAAAUUAUGAAAUAACUGAAGCAGUGAACACUAUCUUGGUGACAGUUUGUUCAGAGCCACUCUUUAAUGUAACACAUAAACGCACUCAAAAUUGGGGACUUGAAAAUUUGAAGUUUGCAUCUUUAUGCGAUCCAACGUUUGGUGCUAUUAAUACUAAUUAUAUUUUAAAUGCAAAGUUAGCAAGUAAGUUGGUGGGAUACAUUACAGCUUAACAAUGGGGUUAGAAUUAAUAUGAAUAACAGCAUUCUCACAUACCAAAAAAUAAACAAUUUUUAUUUUAUUUCUUUUU